UGGUGUCAACUUGUUCCUGUGGGAUACUACAACUACAGCCAGCAAGAUACACUCUCCUCCCAGCAAGUUAGUGACAGUAUUUGCUGCUGUUUUUAAUAUAAAAUUGUUAAAAAGAUGAGUUUAUUAUGAGGGAGCGGGUUAACUGUCUCUGCUGGCAGUGAAUGGAAGUGAAGCGUUCAGUUGGGAAGUAACGUUAGCGAACCCUUGCUAAAAUUAGCUUAGCCACAACGGAAAACAACUGAUACUUAGUUCGAUCUAGCUAGCUGGCUGGCGGGUUGCUAACGCCCAGUAUCAACAGUCACCAAGGCAACAACAAUGAACAUCCUCCCGAAGAAGAGCUGGCACGUGCGCAACAAAGACAACGUUGCUCGCGUGCGGAGGGACGAGGCCCAGGCAGCGGAGGAGGAGCGCGAGGCCAAGCGGCGUGUGGAGCGUGCUGAGCAAGAGGCUCGUACAGAGUAUCUGAGAAGGAAAUCCAGAGCUGCUCUCCCUUCAGAUGGAGAAAGGAGGGAGGAUGAUGAUGGUGGUGAACGGAGUGGAGGAAGUGGAGUGCUGGAGCAUCUUAAUCUUUUUCCCCUGGAGGACUCCUCAGAGAAGAAGGGGAAUGAAGAGUAUCUCAAAGAAAAAAAAGAAGAAAAGGAGAAGCAGGAACGAGCCAUCGGCCUGCUGGUGUCUCUCGGACCCCAACCAGGCACUGAGGUUACUCCGUGGUACAUGAAAACUGGCAAAGAGAAAGAAGAAACCAGAGAAAAAGAAGAAAGGAAAGAAAAAGAAAAAGAUAAGAGGAAGGGGAUAAGCGAAGAGGAGAGAGAGAAGAAAGAUCGCAGAUUGAAAGACAGUUUAGACCCGUUGAACGAGAUGAAGAAAGCCCUGGCUGUUAAAGACAAAAAACACCACAAAAGCAAGAAAUAUGAAAAAAGAGGCAAAGGGGAAAAGAGUAGCAAUGGAGAAAGCUCCAUAGAAAGGUUGCGUGCCGAGCGCUUACAGAGGGAGGCUGAAGAAAGGAGGAGAACUCAGGCCCUGCUGGACCAGAGGAGCGGCAAAAGGAAGGAGCCAGGGAAGGAGGCGAACGAGAGGGAGAUGCCAUACAACAGUGCAUACUUUCCUGAACUUGCACGAAAGCGCCAAAGGCGCGAUCGAGAGAGCUGGAGAGAGGAAAUAUUAAAAUCGUGAACUAUUUCUAUUUAUCGUUUGAGGAGUGUGACCUCAGCUGACUGAUAUUGGGACCAGUGUGUUUCCAGAUAAAAGUGUGCCAAAGUAGAAUUACAGCCACUUUAAGGACAUACUUGUUUUUGUCUGUAAGGUAAUGAAGGGGCAGCUUGUAUUCUACUUUUAUAUUUAUUUCUGUUCACGGAGAAAGUCAGAGGUCAGGUUCACUUACAGUUACUUUUGCCCCCUGCAGUGUUUUGCUCAUGAUCACGUCAGCGGGGCAGAUGGUUGCCAUCACAGGGGGCGUGAAGCUCGGGCUGUCCGCAAAGAAAACACGCAGUGAACAGCUGUUAGAACCAUUUGUAUUAUUGCUAAAAUUUAAAGAGAUGAAAGAAAAUCUGAAUGAAAAACAGUCUCUCGGUAGAGAAUUUACACUGGAAAGUAGAGCUGAAACAAAUAGUCUAUUUGCCUUUUAGAUGAACAACAGAAAUGAAUAAUUUUACUCAUUUUUUAAUACAAAUUGCCAACCAGCUUUACUUUGACAUGUACAUAUAUUUAAGCUGAGUUUCUUUGGGUUUAGAUUGUUGAUGUGUCCUUGGCCUCUAGGAAAUGAUAAUGGACAUUUUUAACUGUUUUCUGACUUUGUAUAGACAAAAUUAUUAAUCUAUUAAUUGAGAAAUACAUUCUCAGAUUAAUCAAUAAUAGAAAUACUUGUGAGAUCAUACAGUAUGUCUGCUGCAAAAGAGAUUGUUUACAGUUCAUUUAUUUCUGAAAGUAAAAACAUCCUUAUUUCAAAACACUGUUUUUUGAUCUCAUAUUUAAAUGUCUACAUUUUAAUUUUUAAAAGCCAUAUAACAUUUUUCACAGAGCACAUAUUGACCCAUCACAGCAGGAAAACUGUGUAAAUAAUGACAUUGAAUUGGCUGAAUUCCAUUAGUUGGACCUGCUGUCUCACUGUCAUGACUUACUGGGAUUCUUAAAUAAAACAAAGCCACUAUAAAUGUUAUUAGUUACACAUGCAGGUUGUUUCUUUUUUUGGCAUUAAAGGUCAUAAUAUCUGCUGUUAAAAAGCCCAUUGCAUCGUAAACCAACAUCAAUGAGCAUCACAAAAGAUUCACAUUUACUUUCUUUUUUCAGUAAUUUACAAACUUGGUUUAACUUAAGUUUAUGCGGCUGAUUAGUGUUAUCGGGUUACAAUAAGAUCUUUCUUUAAUGUUACUGUUUUGUCCGUUGCUUACCAUCUAAAUAAAUAAAAAAUAAAUAGC